AAUAGAAGCAACAUGAAUUACGUCAUACAACGCGGCAAGGUUCGCCAACAGGCGAUCAAUGUGCCGGAAGGACUGCCCGAACUCCUUUCGGACAUCACACGCGAGGUGCUGCGUUGUCAGCCGACAAAGGAGUGUCUCUGCCAAUUCAUUAUCGAUUAUCUCCACUCGGUGAUUGUGACGCGUGAGAAGGCAAUGGUGGCGAAGUCCAUUUUGGAUCGGGCCCUCAUUAAGGUGGACAGCAUUAUUUCGGAUCUGUGCAUUUGCGAUUUGUCCAAGGAGAAGACAGACAUCAUGGCUCAGGUAAUGGAGGAUUGCUUCCGCAACUUCCUGGAGAAACGUCGCUGUGAGAUGCGGCGUGGCAAGCAGUUGGUCACCUUCCAAGAUCUGGACUUGUUGGAGGAGCUGCUGAAGAAGUGCAAUUUUACCGACGACGAGAUGGCCAUGUCCCGGCCGGCCAUUGACAGUGCCUAUAAGCGCUUUGUGGAGGCCUAUAUGGCUGCUGCCGAGGGUACUCAGGGCACUGAGAUACUCUACGAAUAUUUCCGGGAUCGCGAACUGAAGCGCAUCGAGGAGCGAAUGCGCCACGAGGCGGCGACCACCAUACAGGCGGCCUGGCGUGGUUAUCGCGUUCGUAGCGCCAUGCCCGUCCAUGUUUGCACCUGUACUUGCAUGAUGGAGGACGUCGUGGAUGAGGAGGAUCUGCGUCGGGAUAGAGCAGCGCGCAUUAUUCAGCGCUUCUUCCGCAGUACGUUAAUACGCGAAAAGGAGAAGCUGAAAAUUGACCCGUGCGAGGAGCGUCCUUCGCUGCCAACCACUAUCGAAACCGAUCAGGUGGCUCAGCCUGAAAAGACAGACACUGCUGUUCCAAGUGUGGUUGCCUUUGCUCCGGACACUAUCGGGGGUCCUGAGGAAGGCAAGCCAGAAGAGGGCGCCGAGGAUGAAGCCGCAGCUGAGGUCCAACCUGGUUCCCAGCAUGACUCUCACGCUGGCACCCAGCCCCCUUCACAGCAUGAGUCUCAUCACGAGCCUGAGCCUCAGUCUGAAGCUCAUCCCGAUUCUGAGCCCCCGCCACCACCAGCUGAGGAAGCUUCGCAUGAAGCCGAACCACCAGCUGCAGAAGAAGAACCACCGGUAGCUGCUGAGGAAUCAGCCGCAGAAGCACCACCAGCUGAGGAGCCAGCUCCUGAGGCACCCCCUGAAGAAUAGGGCUGCUAAGGAGCCCCAUAAGUUUCCAUAUCUAUUAAUUUGUGCGUAAACAUUUUAAGAUUUUUCCAGAUUAACUUUCACUUAUAAAUUAAUGUUAUGUGUAUGUGGCUGAACAAAA